UGCCCCGGAAGCGCUUGCUCGGGCAGUUCCGGCCAGCUCAGCUGCCAUGUCGGGCUCGGUGCGCUCGGUGCUGCGGCGGUUCCUGAGCGAGUACGGCAGCGGCACGUCCGGCCGCCUCAAGGUGCUGGACGCCUACCUGCUGUACGUGCUGCUCACCGGGGCGCUGCAGUUCGGCUACUGCCUCGGCGUGGGCACCUUCCCCUUCAACUCCUUCCUCAGCGGCUUCAUCUCCGCCGUCGGCAGCUUCAUCCUGGGCGUUUGCCUUCGGAUCCAGAUCAACCCCCAGAACAAAGGCGAGUUCCAAGGCAUUUCACCAGAGCGGGCGUUUGCCGAUUUCCUCUUUGCAAACACCAUCCUCCAUCUCGUCGUCAUCAAUUUUGUUGGCUGAGCUCUAGAAGAGACUUUGAGGUCUUGAACUGCUCUUGAGCUCUGAGGCUGGCGCUGGGGAGGGCUGCUCCCCGCAGACCCUGACCUGCUGCCAUGGCCAGAGGAAGGGACCAAGGUGUUUCCCCACAGACGGCCCUAUGGAGGGGUCUGCUGCCUCAUUACAGCUACUAUAAUCCUUCCUGUUAAUAAAACCUUUCAUAAUACCGCA